AUGAGCAAUUCUACAGACCCCAACACAAUCUCCAAGGAGAGGCUCGCCCACAAUUCACAGGAUAAUGACGAAACCUCCAACAAAGAAAGCAACGCCAACUACCUCUCAUUUUCCACCUCACCAGUGGAGCAGAAACACCCCCCAGAACACUUGGAGGACCAAUUGGGAAACGCUCAUGUGAAUCUUUUGUCAAUGAAAAAAUUACUCAUAUGUCUUCUCGGAACCUCGCUCAGUUUAUUUGCGGCCUUUUGUGACCAGACCAGUGUCACGGUGGCACUCACGUAUAUCGCAAAAGACCUCGACGCCCAGAAUACUAUUAAUUGGGCGGGUACUGCUUCUUUGCUAGCAAGCACUGUAUUCCAAGUGUUUUUUGGCCGGUUUGCGGAUAUUUUUGGCCGCAAGGAAGUUUUGCUAGCGUGUCUUUGUUUGCUUCUCAUCUCCAGUUUACUUUGUGGCUUUGCCGCUAAUGGCCCGCAGUUCUACAUCUUCCGGGCAAUUGCUGGCAUAGGCAGUGGGGGCGUGUCUUCUUUGUCAAUGGUAAUUAUGAGCGAUGUUGUCACGCUAAAGCGGCGGGGCAAACUACAGGGUAUUUUGGGGUCAAGUGUCGGAAUCGGUAAUGCAGUAGGGCCCCUCAUCAUGGCAUAUUUUGCAGAGCAAAGAACAUGGCGAGAUUUCUACCGCAUUAUGCCUCCCAUAAUUCUGGUGAUCAUUUUCUUGGUGUAUUUUUCAGUAUCAAGCAAGAAGAAAAGCUUGGACUCAGUUCUCUCCACCAGGGAGAAGUUGAAGAGCAUCGACUACAUCGGCAGUUUCUUUGCAGCAGCAUCCUUGAUCCUCCUUCUUAUUCCAGUAAGUGGUGGGGGCUCAGCAUAUCCCUGGAAUAGCGCUUUGGUCAUCGUAAUGUUUAUUGUUGGAGGUAUCUGCUUUGCCAUUUUUUUACUCGUCGAGUAUAAGAUUCCUGAGUUGCCCAUGAUUCCCCUCACGAUCUUCAAGAAUUUCACGCUUAGCGUCAUCUUGUUUUCAACAUUUCUUUUCGGCAUGGCAUACUACUCGUUUCUUUUUGCCGUGUCCUACUACUUUCAGUUAGUGAGAGGCCAUUCAGUCAAGAAGCUGGCCAUAUUCACCCUCCCUUUGGUGCUUAUGCAGGCAUCCAUGUCGGCUUUUGCCGGCUCAAUAAUGACAUUUACUGGCCGGUACCUUCCAGUGAUGAUUGCCGGCUAUUCUUUUUGGUUUUCUGGACAUGCAAUGACCCUUUUGUGGGACGAGCACACCUCUGAUGCCAUAAUUGUGGGUACCAUGGUUGUUCUAGGCACAGGCUGUGGAUUCAUUUUCCAACCCACAAUGGUGGCAGCACAGGCAAAUACAAGGAAGGCUCAGAGAGCCGUAGUCAUCAGUACAAGGAACGUGAUUCGGUCGUUCGGCGGUGCUUUGGGCACAGCAAUUUCCUCGUUGAUUAUCACUAAUUCUUUGUUGAAAGACAUUAAAGCCCAGGCAGGUAGUUCCAUUUUGCCUCCUCUGUAUAUGCGAUACAUGAAAGCAAACAUCUACUCGCAUCCUGAUGUUUCAGUGUUGACCAAAGAACAAGUCAAUGUCGUCAGACACAUGUACAGUGUGGCGCUCAGGAACUACUUUUACUUCACUCUACCACUUCUUGGGAUCUGCUUACUUUUGGCUUUCACCACGAGAGAUCAUGGCUUGCAGUGUUUGGAUGAGCCUCGGGAUAUAAAUGGGGGCGACAAUGAUUGUGCCGAAGCAAGCAAAGAAAAUGCAUGAAUUUCAGGUGAGAAAUGGCCUGACGUCUCCGAGACAUUCUUUCAUGGUCCUAACCACAUAGCGGGUCCAGAGGUGACUUUGAGGAUUUCGUACACAUGACAAUAUUGAGACAGGCCCUGAGAUAUCGCC